CAUCGAGCUGAGCUAUAAAAGGCUGCCCGAGGAGAAAAAACAGUUUUCCUAGACACCCUGACAAAGAACAACAAGGAGUAGCGCAGCGUCAGGGGGACGCUGUCUGUAACCCGCUUUUCUCUUCUGUUUGGGGAAGGAUUUUCAAUUAAUGACAAACACAACAACAAAUAAGCAAAACAAGAUUAAGUGAGGAGCUGGAGUCGGCUUCGUGAGGAAAGGAAGACGGCAACAUGGCAGUCUCCACUCAGCUGGGUUUACUGCUAUGGAAGAACUUCACCUUCAGACGAAGACAAACUAUCCAGCUGUUGAUUGAGAUUAUUUGGCCGUUGUUUAUCUUCUUCAUCCUGAUAUCAGUCCGGAUGUAUUAUCCACCCUAUGAGCAACAUGAAUGUCACUUCCCUAACAAGGCCAUGCCCUCAGCAGGCACCCUGCCCUGGGUACAGGGCAUUAUCUGUAACGCCAACAAUCCCUGCUUUCGAAAUCCGACCCCUGGGGAGAGUCCAGGCAUAGUAGGAAAUUUUAAUGACUCCAUAAUCUCCCGUCUGUUUAAUGACGCCAAGAAGAUCCUGCUGUACACUCAGAAUGAUAAGAGCUAUGAAGGCUACAAAGGAAUGCUGAGGGCCCUUAGAAAGCUCCAAAAGAACCCUGCUCGAUUCAAGCUGAAAGACUUUUUAAGAGACGACGAGACUCUUUCUCACUUUCUGCACCACAACGCAUCGCUUUCUCAUCACACGCUGAAGCAAAUUUUGGAGGCUGAUGUAAAUUUGGAGAAGGUGCUUACAAAAGGAUUUGGAUUCCAUCUCAGAGAUCUUUGCAACACGACUCCUCUGGAGGAGUUUGUCCACAUUGAAGACCCCAGUGUGUCCAAUAUGACUCAAGAAAUCAUCUGCAAAUCAUCUCAUGACUGGCUGAACAAGGCGCAGAACCACUUCCUGUCCAAUUUGGACUUUCUGAAACCGAUUCGGAAGGACGUGAGGUCAGACCCUAAAGUCGUCCAAGAAGUUUCAGCUGCAACCGACAAUCUUCUGGAGAGCCUUGGAGCGCUGGGCGUCGAGCUUGCCAGUAUGAAGAGCUGGAAGGAUAUGAGAAAGGAGAUCCUGUAUCUGACCGCUAACUCCACAGGAUCUCCGAAGCAGGUGUACCAGGCUGUUUCACGGAUUGUUUGCGGACAUCCAGAGGGAGGCGGACUAAAAAUCAAGUCCCUCAACUGGUAUGAAGACAACAACUACAAGGCUCUGUUUGGACACCAUGGCAACGACAGCGACAGUGAGCCCGUCUCCACUUAUGACAACACUUCCACUCCCUAUUGUAACAACCUAAUGAAGAACCUCGAGUCCAGCCCCAUUUCCAGGAUGAUCUGGAGAGCCUUAAAACCUCUUCUCAUGGGGAAGAUCCUCUACACCCCAGAUACUCCAGCAACACAAAGGAUCAUCCAUGAAGUUAAUAAGACCUUCCAGGAGCUGGGCGUGCUCAGAGACCUGGGUGGCAUGUGGGAGGAAAUGAAGCCUAAAUUUUGGAACUUCUUGGAAAACAGCGAGGAGAUGGACUUAGUCAGGUCCCUGCUCCAAAGCAACACCAGCGCAGCGUUCCUGGACGCUCAGCUCAGUGAGACUGAGUGGAGUGUGUCUGAUGUGGCGGCGUUCCUCACAAAAGCCUCAGAGGACCAGAGACCUGCUGGGUCUGCGUACACAUGGAGAGAAGCCUUCAACGAAACCGACCAGGCCAUAAAGACCAUUUCACAGUUUAUGGAGUGCGUGAACUUAGACAAACUGGAGCCGGUUGCUAAUGAGGAACGCUUGGUCAACAAGUCCAUGGGUCUUCUGGAUAACCAAAAGUUCUGGGCAGGAAUCGUUUUUCCUGACAUCGCUUACAACAACAGCACAGAUCUGCCGCCUAACGUCAACUACAAAAUCCGCAUGGACAUUGAUAACGUGGAGAGGACUAACAAGAUUAAAGACGGAUACUGGGAUCCUGGUCCCAGAGCAGACCCCUUUGAGGACCUUCGGUAUAUCUGGGGGGGAUUUUCCUACCUGCAGGACAUCAUCGAACAGGGAAUUGUCCGAGCCAUCACUGGCACCAAGGAGAAAACGGGCAUCUACAUUCAGCAGAUGCCUUACCCUUGCUAUGUUGACGACAUAUUCCUGCGAGUCAUGAGCCGGUCGAUGCCCCUUUUCAUGACUCUGGCGUGGAUGUACUCGGUGGCCAUCAUCAUUAAAGGGGUGGUGUACGAGAAGGAGGCGCGGCUAAAGGAGACCAUGAGGAUCAUGGGACUAAAUAACGGCACCCUGUGGCUGAGCUGGUUCAUCAGCAGUUUAAUUCCUCUGCUGAUCAGCGCAGGCUUGCUGGUGAUGCUGCUGAAGAUGGGCAACCUGUUGCCAUAUAGCGACUCAGGCGUGGUGUUUAUUUUCCUGGGGUCCUUCGGCGUCGUAACCAUCAUGCAGUGCUUUCUAAUCAGCACUCUGUUUUCUCGUGCCAACCUGGCUGCUGCCUGCGGAGGAAUAAUAUACUUUACACUCUACCUACCUUACGUUCUGUGUGUUGCCUGGCAGGACUAUGUGGGAUAUGGAGCAAAGCUUUUAGUGAGUCUUCUGUCUCCUGUGGCUUUUGGUUUUGGCUGUGAAUACUUUGCCCUGUUUGAAGAACAAGGCGUUGGAAUCCAGUGGUCAAACCUUCUUGCGAGCCCACUGGAGGAGGACAGCUACAACCUCACCACCUCUAUAUGCCUCAUGCUGUUUGAUGCCAUGUUGUACGGAAUAAUGACCUGGUAUAUUGAAGCAGUUUUUCCUGGUCAGUACGGUAUCCCCAGGCCUUGGUAUUUCCCUUUCACUAGGACAUAUUGGUGUGGAGAGAAGGAGAAUAAAAACAUAAACACCCCUCUGUCAAAGAAGAGCAACGCUGACGCCGUAUGCACCGAGGAGGACCCCAGCCACAUUGAACCGGGCGUUUAUAUUGAAAAUCUGGUGAAGAUCUACAGCCAUGGAAACAAACUGGCCGUGGAUGGACUGACCCUUAAAUUCUAUGAAGGGCAGAUCACCUCUUUCCUUGGUCACAAUGGAGCUGGCAAGACUACAACUAUGUCAAUCCUGACCGGAUUGUUCCCACCCACUUCUGGUACUGCCUACAUCCUCGGCAAGGACAUCCGCUCUGAGCUCAGCACCAUCAGGCAGAACCUGGGGGUCUGCCCCCAGCACAAUGUGCUUUUCAGCAUGUUGACGGUCGAGGAGCACAUCUGGUUCUAUGCUCGCCUGAAGGGGCUUUCCGAAGACAAGGUCAAGACAGAAAUGGAACAGAUUGUAAACGAUGUCGGACUGCCACACAAGCGGAAGUCUCGCACAAGCACCCUGUCAGGUGGGAUGCAGAGGAAGUUGUCAGUCGCACUUGCAUUUGUUGGAGGUUCUAAGGUUGUUAUUCUGGACGAACCCACUGCUGGUGUUGAUCCAUAUGCACGCAGGGGGAUUUGGGAUCUGCUCCUCAAAUACAGACAGGGCCGCACCAUCAUCCUCUCCACUCAUCACAUGGAUGAAGCUGACAUCCUGGGUGACCGUAUUGCCAUCAUUUCCCACGGCAAGCUGUGCUGCGUCGGUUCGUCUCUCUUCCUGAAGACUCACCUUGGAACAGGCUACUACCUGACCCUGGUCAAGAGAGACUACGAUCUUUCUCUACAGUCCUGUAGGAACUCUGCCAGCACAGUCUCCUACAUGAAGAGGACAGAGAAGGAGGACAGUGUAUCAGAGAGCAGUUCGGAUGCUGGUCUGGGAAGCGAACCAGAAAGUGAGACCACCACUAUUGAUGUCUCCCUCAUCUCCAAAGUGAUUUUCAAGCAUGUCCCGGAGGCCCGUCUGGUGGAAGAUCUCGGCCAUGAGCUCACCUACGUCUUACCACACCAGUCAGCUAAAGAUGGCGCCUUCGUUGAGCUCUUCCACGAGCUUGAUGACCGACUUACUGACUUGGGGAUUUCAAGUUAUGGAAUUUCUGACACCACCCUCGAAGAGAUUUUCCUAAAGGUGGCAGAAGAUAGCGGAGUUGAUGCUGUUGAGCUGUCAGAUGGAGUUGUACCAACCAGGACCCGGCGGCGCCAUGCUUUUGGAGACCACCAGAGCUGCCUGAAGCCCUUCACUGAGGACGACUUUGAUUUCAACGACUCUGAAGGUGACCCAGAAUCUCGUGAGACCGACUGGCUCGGUGGGACAAAUGGCAAAGGUUCCUAUCAGGUCAAAGGGUGGAGUCUGAAGAGACAGCAGUUCGUUGCGCUACUCUGGAAACGAUUCCUCUACGCUCGCCGCUCCAGGAAAGGCUUCUUUGCUCAGAUUGUUCUGCCUGCUGUGUUUGUGUGCAUCGCACUGGUGUUCAGCCUCAUUGUUCCUCCAUUUGGGAAGUACCCAAAACUGGCUCUGCAUCCCGGCAUGUAUGGAGAACAGUUUACCUUCAUCAGUAAUGACAUACCUGAAGACCCCCACAACAGCAAACUUUUGGGAGCUCUGAUGGAAAAACCUGGAUUCGGAACGCGCUGCAUGGAAGGAGACCCCAUACCGGAGUAUCCCUGCACAGCGGUAGAGGGUGAUUGGUCACUCCCUGAGGUCUCUCAAAGUGUAAGAGAUAUAUUCGACAAAGGAAACUGGACCAUGGAGAAUCCAUCUCCUCUGUGUGAGUGCAGCUGUGAGGGCCGUAAGAGGAUGCUACCAGAGUGUCCUGCUGGAGCCGGGGGACUACCACCGCCACAGAUGAUGAUCAGUGACAAAGACACCCUGCAGAAUUUGACUGGUAGAAACCUGUCGGAUUAUCUGGUUAAAACCUACGCGCAAAUCAUUGGCAAGAGCUUAAACAACAAGAUCUGGGUCAACGAGUUCAGAUACGGGGGAUUUUCUCUUGGCGCACGAAGUUCCCAGGUGUUGGCCCACACAGAUGAAGUUGAUUAUGCCAUUUUGCAACUGAGGAAACGCUUCGAACUGGAAAGGGGAACGGCGGCCGAUCGGUUCUUCGCCAGUCUCUCCGGUUUCAUCCAAGGACUGGACUCCGAGAAUAACGUCAAGAUUUGGUUUAACAACAAAGGCUGGCACAGCAUUAGCUCCUUCCUCAACGUGAUGAACAACGCCAUUCUGCGAUCAAGUCUGCCUCCUGGUAAAGACCCUGCCAAGUUUGGCAUCACCGCUUACAACCAUCCCCUGAAUCUCACCAAGGAGCAACUUUCACAAGUUGCACUGAUGACAACAUCGGUGGAUGUUCUGGUGUCCAUUUGUGUUAUCUUCGCCAUGUCCUUCGUCCCUGCCAGUUUCGUGGUGUUCCUUAUCCAGGAGAGGGUGACCAAAGCCAAACAUAUGCAGUUCAUCAGUGGAGUGCAACCUCUCCUCUACUGGCUGGCCAACUUUGUAUGGGAUAUGUGUAACUACAUCGUUCCAGCCACGCUAGUGAUCAUCAUAUUUGUAUGUUUCCAACAAGACGCCUAUGUUUCUUCCACCAAUCUGCCAGUGCUAGCCCUGCUGCUUCUACUCUAUGGGUGGUCAAUCACCCCACUGAUGUACCCAGCCUCCUUCUUUUUUAAGAUCCCCAGCACUGCCUAUGUGGUUCUAACCAGUGUCAACAUACUGAUUGGAAUCAAUGGCAGUGUCUCAACGUUUGUCUUGGAGUUGUUUGGAAGUAAUGAUAUCGGCGGUGUUAAUGACAUCUUAAAGAACGUCUUCCUCAUCUUCCCACACUUCUGCCUGGGUAGGGGACUGAUUGAUAUGGUGAAGAAUCAAGCCAUGGCUGAUGCUUUGGAGAGAUUUGGUGAAAAUCGGUUUCGCUCUCCUUUGGCAUGGGACAUGGUGGGAAAGAACCUGUUUGCCAUGGCCAUAGAGGGCGUUAUAUUCUUCUGCAUCACCGUCCUCAUUCAGUAUCGCUUCUGCUUCAAAGCUAGGUCCUCCACCAGUCAUCUGAAACCUAUUGGAGAAGAAGAUGAAGAUGUUGCCAGAGAGCGGCAGAGGAUCCUGAGCGGUGGUGGACAUUUGGACAUUCUGGAGCUGAGGGAACUCACCAAGAUUUACAAGCGGAAACAGAAGCCGGCCGUGGACCGGCUGUGUGUUGGCAUUCCUCCAGGAGAGUGUUUUGGUUUGCUUGGGGUAAAUGGGGCAGGGAAGACCAGCACCUUCAAAAUGUUGACAGGAGACUCGGAUGUCACUAGCGGUGAAGCCUACUUAGCUGGCAAGAGUGUGACCACAGAGAUCAAUGAGGUGCACCAGAACAUGGGCUACUGUCCUCAGUUUGAUGCUAUCAAUGAUCUUUUGACUGGGAGAGAGCACCUGGAGUUCUACGCUAUCCUGAGAGGAGUACCUGAGAAGGAAGUCUGUGAGGUGGCAGAAUGGGGUAUCCGAAAACUGGGUUUGGUGAAAUAUGUGGACAAAUCAGCUGGAAGCUACAGUGGAGGAAACAUGAGGAAACUCUCCACUGCCAUUGCACUAAUAGGAGGACCGCCUGUUGUGUUUCUGGAUGAACCAACAACAGGAAUGGACCCCAAGGCCCGAAGAGCCCUCUGGAACGCCAUCCUGAGUAUAAUAAAGGAGGGGCGAUCCGUGGUCCUCACCUCUCACAGUAUGGAGGAGUGUGAGGCACUCUGCACCAGAAUGGCCAUCAUGGUGAACGGCAGGUUCCGCUGUCUGGGCAGUGUGCAGCACCUUAAAAACAGGUUCGGAGAUGGCUACACCAUCAUCUUGCGAGUGGCGGGGCUGGAUCCAGAGCUGCGGCCCGUUAUGGAGUUCAUAGAGCGGGAGCUUCCGGGGAGCACGUUAAAAGAAAAACACCGCAACAUGCUGCAGUACCAGCUCCCAUCUUCCCUCACCUCCCUCGCACGAAUCUUCUCCCUCCUCACAAAGAACAAGGAGGAACUCAGCAUAGAAGACUACUCUGUCUCUCAGACUACUUUAGACCAAGUGUUUGUUAACUUCGCCAAGGACCAAAGUGACGAGGACCACUUAAAAGAUGUCCACCUGAGCAAGCGGGAUGCGGUUGUGGUAGACCUUUCCCAAUUAAACUCUUUCCUCAUGGACAGCAAGACAAAAGAGAGCUGCGUCUAAGCUGUGCUUCACCCGGCCUCCCAACAAAACGUGGACCACAAACUUCAGUGGGAGAGGAACUAUGGUCAUUUUUUUUAUUUCUAUUUUUUAGUCUGUUUUUAAUUGUCAUCAUUCUCAGUGGACCUGCAGCUCAUCGCACAGCCUCUGAUGGAGGCAAUGACAGCAGGUUUCAUGACAGACGCUGAAACGAUGAAAACUCAAUGCAAAUCAAUGCAAGUAAUACGAAUAUAUUUAAGAUUAGAAGAUAGCUGUGUAGAGGUUGGAGACUGGAGCUUCUCCUCUUCAUGACUUGGACUGGAAGAAAAGACACUUGAAACGUCGGGAUCUUGAUUCUCCUCUCGACUGGAAAGUCUGGGUAACUGACUUGAUGGACAAAACACUUCAGGGGAUUAAACAAGGCGAAACCCGUAGGUUUUUAACCCCGCCCCUUGGAGCAGAGAGCAGCAGUCUGCUGGACUGCCUGUAAGUGACUGCAGAGUUUAUGACGUUGUAAAACAAAGUCAUUCAAAUCAUUCACUGCCAGCUGUUGAAAGAUGGACUGACUUAUUUUUAUUCAGGGUCAAACCUUUCUCAAUUUCUAUUCGUUACCAAGCGCAGUUUUUUUUCUAUAUAUAUAAUGCAAGAAAUGGAUAAAAAAAAACGAAAAUCCCAUUUCAGUCUCAAAUGUGCAAUCGUCUGUUCAUUUUUGAUAAUCUGAAAAACAAUUCCUUUCAAUUAAGCAUGUUGAAGUUGUUUCUCACGGUUGUAUAAUACGGCGAAACAAUCUGAUUUUUCUUUCUUUUUUUAUGUAUUUGGUGUUCUUGAUGUCCUUAACAUUGUCCAGCACAGUGCCUAUUCUGGAGGAGCGUUAAAGUCGAGCACUCCAUUAAAAACAACAAUGUAUGUAGGCUGCCAAGGAUUGUAUGAGGCAAGAACCAACAUGCAGCAAAGCACAUGGAAAAUAGUUUUAUUUUACAAUAUUGUUGAAUAACAUCAUGUUUUUUUGUUUGUUUUUUUACUGUCCUUCAUUGUUAGAAU